UCUAGUCGAAAUUCUUUUAGACUACUAUGCUGGUAGUUGAGUGAUGUGAAGUUCGUGUCGCUCGUUGUGCGUACGUCGCAUGUAACUGUCCCAAAGAAGGGCAUGUGCGUGCGUAAUUCAGCGAUGGUAUGGUGUGACUAGGGUUAUAAUUAUUCCGUCCGUUCGAUUCGUUCUUCGUGUGUGGGUAUGUCGUGACAUUUUACACGUGAUCGCAGCACGGCCAUUAACUGCCUGGACUGUUGACAGGACGAUGAUCGUGAAGUGAGAACGUCCGAUGCCAAAAUGAAUUUUUUCAAAAGGGGAAUGAUUUUUGUGACGUUUUUUGGCUCAUGCUUGGUACUAGGCUUAAUAGUGGCCGCUCUGGGAACAAAGUUUUGGGUGGUCGCCCGUGCGAAAAGAGUUUCAAACCCCGAUGAGUCUGACGGAAGGAUAAAUUUUGGUCUUUUUCAAGGCCGGAAAGACUUGAAUGUUGCUUAUGGAUGGAGGACGUACCCUAUUGACAUGCUGGAGCUGAUGAGGACGGACCGCGAGCUGCUGGUGCACGGGCUGUGGGUCGGCACCGUGGGCUGCCUGGCGGCGUCGCUGCUGUUCGUGACGCUGGCCGCCGUGUUCGCCGUCAUCAACACCGCCACGACGCCCGCGGGCGCCCUGGCCGGCGCGCCGGGGCUCUUCGUCUGGAACUGCGCCGCCCUGGUGCUGAACGUGACUGCAGUUGCCCUGUGGGGCGUCCAGUUCUUCCAGAAGCUGCAGCACAACGUCAUGUCCCAAGAGGACCGGGACAACCAGUGGUACUCCGAGCACAUGGCUAGCCUCGGCUACUCCUUCUGGUUUGUGGUGGCCGCAGUGGUAAUGCUGACUGUGAACAUCGUGGUCCUGUACGUCGGCGUCGCCAGGACGAGAGAGAAGAAAAGUCCAGAGCCCAUGCUGGAAGAGAAGACUAAUGGUGCCAUCAUGCUCUACUGACGAACCCUUUGCAGAAGACUUGCGCAGUGUGGCCGGGCGAGGCACGGGCUACCGACGGCCGGGAAACAUUGCAGUCACUCACGUACCUUGUCGCGGGCAUCGAAAAGCAAAAUGCAUCCACCUGCGUGUGCCUCGGAAAUCAUUCCGACAACCAGCGACCCUCAUCCAUCGUUUCCGUUUCAUCAUGUUGGCGAACGUCAAAUGUGGGUGAAAGAAAGUCAAGUGAUGUGUACUUCAUUGUGGAUGCUCCUAAACAUCUCUCAGUUUUAGGUCCUGAUCGAGUGAAGAAGUUUGUUAUUGUAAAUGGUGACCUUUAAGAGACAAGAAGCGUGUCAAACACAGAUGGUACACAGAAAGCAAUCAUUUUGUGGAAUGAUCAUCCCAGAACUGAGGAAUUCACACACAGUCUUUAGGUACUAUAACAAAUCAAAAAUCUAUGGUCUCAAUAUGGCAUAAGACAAAAUUUGUGCCUGUUUUGAGCUGUACCUUCAUUAUACGUACUAAAAAUAUUAUUUUAAUAAACACUUUAUUCAAGCUUUAACUUUAUUCAAGCUCGUAAAGGUACAGUAAAUAUAAUGUCUGCUAGUAAAGUAUUAUCAAUACUUUGUUUAUUCAUUAAUUACUUGAAUGUUAAUUGGUCUGUCCUGUAUAUAGCUAUGUUUUUUUAACUCGUAGGUUGACUAAAAUUAUUUAUUAGUACUGUAAGAGUAAAACUUGUAAAUUAUUCAGUUUGCUAAGACUAAAAAAAUAUUUUUGAUUAAAAUAUUUUCACAUUUAUGUAAAAGAAAAUUCCAAUGUAAAGUGUAAAUAUGCUACAAUACUUAUUGCAUUUAUUUUGUACUUUAAUAAACAUAUUAUUUUUAAA